CUCAGUGUGUACUUCUAUGUUGGAAACAUGGGAACUGGAGAAAUGGAAUAAGUUGCCCCGUUUGCAGACAACAGGUGUCAGUACUACUUUGCUGUUUUCCUGAUCAACACAAAAGAAAUGAAUCCAAAGAAGAGAUAAAACAAAUUCUUACUGAGAUUAAUAACUACAAUAGAAGAUUUUCUGGAGCUCCUAGACCAUGGUCAGAAUACGUUUCGGACUUGCCAGUACUUCUACGUCACAUGCUGUCGGAAUUCUUUUCUGUUGGAAGUUUCAUGUACAUGUUUCGUCUACGGGUUGUCCUUUGCUUUAUGGCUGCCAUCAUGUAUCUUGUUUCACCUUUAGAUAUGAUUCCCGAGGCUUUAUUCGGAAUAUUCGGGCUGAUAGAUGACCUGUUUAUAGUAUUCCUGCUCUCUGUGUACAUCACCAUCAUAUACCGUCGAUUUCUGGCCACUCGUUGGGAGGAUGAAAUAAGUGAUUGACAAACACUUAACUUUAUUAUUCAGCAUUAUAAAUUUGUGUUUGUGUGUGAGGCUACAAUACACAGACAAAACAAAAUAUGGUUAACUAAAGCUCAGCUCCCUUUGAAAUUUUCAGUGAUUAUCUGCAAACUGACGAAAGUGUAAUAUUUCGUCCAAAUGUUUAAGCAAUAUUGGCAGACAAUAAGCAAGAACACUUGAAUGGCACGUCAUGUCUAGGAAGAAGAAAAUGCUUAUACAGUUUGAAAGUUAAGUUUAAAUUAAGUAUGUUAUCUAAUUUGAAAAUGUUAGAUAAAAAAAAAGUUUCUGAUGAUAGCCUACAAUAAUAAUAUGCUGACCCAUUAUUUGCUAAUAUACCAAAAUGAUAGUCAUGCUAAAUCAUUGGGAGCCCCAAGAAUAUUUUCUAUGAAACAUAAUGUAAUGUUUACAGUAUGUCAGAUUUCAUUGUUCUACAGUUUAAAAUCUGUAUUUGAUUUGGCUUUAAUAUCUUUAGUUUGGCCAUGAAAAUAUUUUUUAUAAUUAGACAGUAAAUUUGUAUUGGAUAUAUAUACAGACAAGAGGCUCUCAGAUUCAAUAGUUACUGUAAAGAAAAUCCAGUGUCGGAGCAAUUUGCAUGACUAACACAUUCCACUAUUAUUUUUAUAGUCUUGCUUUUUUAAAUCCGAUUAGCUCUACCUCUUUCAUAAAUAUACUUAUAUGUUUUUUCAAAGGUGAUACUGUAAGAGGAGAAAUUAAAUUAUUUCUACUGAGCUUUAGAAAAGAAAAAAACAAUCUAAUUUUUAAUAUUAACGAUAAUAAAUUCUCAUGUUUAUAAUUGAAACAUACUUCUGAUUUUAACUAAACCCAAAAGUAGGCCUAGCUUCACUCCCAAAAUCAAAUUUGUUUACAUUGAAACAGCUAUAUUUAUUUUUACUAUAAACAUAUGUAAUUUUUUGUUGUCGUUAAGUACUUUAAGUAGUGGUAUUAUUAUGGUUUUUAAUAUUAAUGAUAAUAAAUUCUCAUGUACCACAGUUUAUAAUUGAAACAUACUUCUGAUUUUAACUAAACCCGAAAGUAGGCCUAGCUUCACUCCCAAAAUCAAAUUUGUUUACAUUGAAACAGCUAUAUUUAUUUUUACUCUAAACAUAUGUAAUUUUUUGUUGUCGUUAAGUACUUUAAGUAGUGGUAUUAUUAUGGUUUUUAAUAAAUAAUUUCAUAAGCACUGGAAAAAAUGGCAUAUAUGUGUUUUAUAAUAAAUUUUCCAUAUACGAUGGGGGGGUGUGUGUAAGAGUUAUGGAAAUGUUUAUGUUUAUUUACUUAAUGAGAUAUAGUCUAUGCAUCCUGUUUAUGAAAUGUGAGAUAUUCUAAAUGGUGGCUACAAUACAGCAGUGGGCAGAGAACAGAUAGCCCAUUUUGUAGCUUUGCAAUAAACAACAAAACAGAUUCUUGCUUCAAAUUGUGUGGUGUACUAUAAAUUUUAUUAAUAAACUAAAAGUAGCACA